AUGGCUACAUCAUAUCUGUAUUUUUUUUUAAUUAUUUUAAUAUUCUUUAACAGUUAAUCUGUUUGUAUUUUGAAUUUUAGAGAAGACAAGUAAAGUUAUAAUUGUGUGCUAUUGAAAGGGGAUGAGUUAUUGUAAUCUUCAGCCAUUAGGAAAUCGAAAGAGGUAUCCUGGAUAGAUUUAAAUCUAACUUAAAGGUGUUAUAGGUUUAAACCAAAAAUUGAUGAUUGAAGGAUGUAUGAAUUUUUUAGUUAAAUGAGCUUGCUAAGUAGAUUAAAAUAAGAAUUGAAGCAGAAAAGGUAGAAUUAAAUAAAUUAUAGAGUUUUCCCAAAAAAUCCAAUUAUAAAGUGAAAUACAGUUCAAAUUGA